AUGGCUUCCCGAGAGGAGGUUCUUGCCUUGCAGGCUGAAGUUGCCCGGCGCGAGGAGGAACUGAGUUCCCUGAAGCAGAGACUGGCGGCGGCUCUUCUGGCGGAGGAUGAGCCCGCGCCGCAGGCUCCGGUGUCGCCCCUGCCGCCGAAGGCCGCGCUGUCCCGCGAUGAGAUUCUGCGCUACAGCCGGCAGCUCGUGCUGCCCGAGCUCGGGGUGCACGGGCAGCUGCGGCUGGCCACCGCGUCCGUGCUAGUCGUGGGCUGCGGCGGGCUCGGCUGCCCGCUGGCGCAGUACCUGGCAGCGGCCGGCGUGGGCCGCCUGGGCCUUGUGGACUACGACGUAGUGGAAGUGAGCAACCUGCCCCGCCAAGUGCUGCACGGCGAGGCCCUGGCCGGCCAGGCCAAGGUCUUUUCCGCUGCAGCCUCGCUGCACCGGCUCAAUUCAGCUGUGGAGUGCGUGCCUUAUGCCCAGGCUCUUACUCCAGCCACGGCCCUAGACCUAAUCCGCCGUUAUGACGUGGUCGCUGACUGCUCCGACAACGUGCCCACCCGCUACCUUGUGAGCGACGCGUGUGUGCUGGCCGGCAGGCCUCUCGUGUCCGCCAGCGCCCUGCGCUUUGAGGGCCAAAUCACAGUCUACCACUACGACGGCGGGCCUUGCUAUCGCUGCCUGUUCCCCCAGCCACCUCCAGCGGAGACGGUGACCAACUGCGCGGAUGGCGGGGUGCUCGGUGUUGUCACGGGCGUCCUGGGCUGCCUGCAGGCGCUGGAGGUGUUGAAGAUCGCCGCAGGGAUGGGCCCCUCUUACAGUGGCAGCCUGUUGCUCUUUGACGCCCUCGGAGGACAUUUCCGCUGCAUUCAGCUGCGGGGCCGCAGGCCGGAUUGUGCAGCUUGUGGAGAACGGCCCACGGUGACCGACCUGCAGGACUAUGAAGCCUUCUGUGGCUCCUCAGCCACGGAUAAGUGCCGCUCCCUUCAGCUGCUGAGCCCCGAAGAGCGAGUCUCUGUCGCUGACUAUAAGCGACUUCUGGAUUCUGGGUCGCCCCACCUACUGCUGGACGUCAGGCCUCAAGUGGAAGUGGACAUCUGUCGUUUGCCUCAUGCUCUACACAUCCCUUUGAAACAUUUGGAACGUGGGGAUGGAGAGAGCCUGAAACUCUUAGGAGAAGCAAUCCAUAAAGGGAAGCAAGGCACACAGGAAGGAGCAGCCCUCCCGGUCUAUGUGAUUUGCAAACUGGGCAAUGACUCCCAGAAAGCCGUGAAGAUCCUGCAGUCCUUGACAGCAAUCCCAGAGUUAGACUCUCUCACUGUUCAGGAUGUUGUGGGGGGGCUCAUGGCCUGGGCUGCCAAAAUCGAUGAAACAUUUCCUCAGUACUGA